GUUCGGUCGUCGAGGUUGUCCUGUUGUGGGAGCUCGGAUUUUGUUCGGCCCCUCGCGUGUUGGAAAUCUCCCUGGGAGAACAAACUGUCACAUUACAAAUUUGUUUUUUUUUUAUCUCAGUCGCAUGCGAAAUGCGGGCGUCAGGAAACGCAUAGCGAGAAUAGUUCUAGAGUCUGUGGUGACGAAAUUUUUGAACAUUCUGUAACCCUUGUGGUGCCCCUCGGAUCGCAGUGUGUUUAAGUGCAAAACAAUUCAUAUUGCAAGUGCUCGGACAGGCUAGCUGGUAGACGACGACAUACAGAAAUAAAAAUAAACGCUGUUCUCGAUAUGCUAUUGUAGCAAUUUGUAUGAUUUUUGUCAUAGGAAUGAUAAGCGGCCUUAGACUCUUUUUUUUCGCCAAUGGUGAUAAGAUGCAAGCAAUGACGACGACGACGACGAAAGCAGUAAUUUUUUUUAUCAUCUUGCAUCGCAGUCGAGUGUAAUAAUUUAUUGCCAUGAGCAGUGCGUAUAAUUGCGAGAUUUUCUCUCGAUUGGGAUUUUCACCGAUUACCGAUAAAUUGUAGUAAACCGGAUUUCGCACGGCAUCUGUCGAAGCAGGCUUAGCGACGGGCAAUUCCAGAUCGGUUGUCAAUUAGAAAUGGUUUGAUAGUGUAAUGCAAAAAAAAAACGGUGUGAUCGGGUAAAUAUUUUUUUCGUUUGACAGCUUGCCCUUACAGUUUUCGGGUUCGGUGAUACUGUCAAAAGACACGCAAUUCUAGCGAACAACGGGCAGUCCGGAGUGGGACGGGCAGAGUGAAGUGAAGGUGACACAAUCCGCUUUCUACUGUUGUCAACGACAAGCGUCGAAACGUUGAAUGGUGAGUUUUCGGUGGUGCUUCGGUUCUCGUUUUUUGAACGCAAACAAACGCGAGGUUUCUCUUUUCCUGCGAUAGUUUUAUCAAUCCCGGUCGUAGUGUGCGCUGCCGUUUUUCAUCGAGUGUAAACAACUCAUUCAGUCGAAAGUUCUUCCACCCGAACACGAUAAAGAGCGAGAGUGAAUUCGGUGGAGAGCGGGCUUCGUAGUGGUGAGAAAAGUGACGUUUCUGAAAAUACACAACAACGUAUUGUGGGUGAAAAUUUUGUUGUUUACUAAUGAUUUGGAAAGUGUAAUUGUUGUACGCGAUAAUCGAGGCGAGAGUAGAAAGGAAGCGAAAAGUGUGUAAUUUCCUGCAACUGAUGAUACCGCUGAUAACGCUUGGAACGCUUGUAGUACUGUGCAGCAGUCGUUUCUACUUCGAUUCUACCACGUUCUCCAAUCUAAGGUAAUUGUUGUCGACCGGUGAAAUCGCUUUGUUGAUAACUCUCACAUUCGGAUGUGUGUGCGCUUUGUGGCGUCGUGCAUUGGAGAUCUUUGUAACUCCAACCGCCGAUGACCUGGUAGUUUCAUCACCUACUACAUCAUCACAAUCAUCAUUAGCAUAGGAUGCUGCUGUGCGACUGGCUGACGGUUCUUCGCUGAAAGGCGCACAUUGAAAACAGUGCGAGUGACUAACUGACUGACUGACGGUGUGUGUGUGCGUUUUUGGUGGCGAACAAAAGGAAGGCGGUAGAUGCUAACAUAUCCGGGAACCGGCCUAAACCGAUGCGCCCUCGAAGGGCCCUGCCAGCGCAGUAGGCUGAGCCAAACGGAGACGAGACUGUCUACUGAUGAUUUGAUCACCAUCCUGUCGGAUCGGAUCGAAGCAAGUGGCCACGAGUACGAGUUCUCUCUAUGCCUAGCAGCAGCGAGGGAUCAUUGCCACAGCAGCAGCAACCAAACAGCCAAAGCAAACGAAGACGGACGCCGCACGAUGACGUGAAUGAACUUGAACUGCGAAGCGACGAAACUGAUUGGACCAUUUUUACACAAUCGACCACAAAAAAACAACAACAAUAAUCACCGACUCUACCUUGCGCUGUCCGGUAGAAUUUCGCGUUACGGACCAGUGGACGGCAACCGGACCGGACUGUGACUUCCCAACUUCCCUGACGACGAAGCAGAAGCGAAGCUGAAACUAGUAGCGCACAAUACUCCUCACCUUAUGAAACAACUCAAGGACCAGAAGUUCAAACUCGUCAGAAUGCUGACCCGAAGGAAUUGGCUGCUGCGGUGCAGCAUCCUGAUCAAUGUGGCCGUGCUGCUGUAUCUCUGCAGCCAUGUGCUGAUCGGUGGUGGCAAUUUUGCCCUCGGACCGGCCUACAUCAUCUCCGAUGAGUCGAUGAUGAAGUCCCCGACGCAGUACCGUACGCACAUUCCGACCCAUCUGUCCCAGCAGCUGAGACAGGAGGAACGGGAAGCACUGAUGCUGCAGCAGUUGGCACAAUCCCAACAGCAACAGACAGGACACAGUAGCGUAGUGAUGAAGAUUCAGGAGAACGGGAUCAGCGUGCAAGAGGUGCCACCGCAUCAGCAGCAGCAGCAACAACAACAGCAACAACAACUAAACCAACAGGACCAGCUGCUGCUGGAAGCUGGACGCGAUGUAGAUAACACUAAUAAUAACAUAAACUUAGAUGAUAGACGAUUCGAUGUGCCAACCGAAACUAGUAACAGCAACAACAACAACAACAACAACAACAACAUCAACAACAACAGCCCAAGCGGGUCGAACAAGGCUGCCGAAGUUCUGUACCAGGACGGAGUGGCCGCCAAUGGCGCCGGAGCUGGUCUCCUCAAUGCUAGUGAUAUCUUCUCGACCACAGCGUCUGUCGAUCUCGAUAUGAAGCUACGGUCGUUGCUGAACUGUCACGAUCGUGACUACGAGCCGUACAUCGGUCAGCGGGGUGACUUCUGGGUGCUGAAGAACUACAUCCGCGCCGAACACGGCGAGCUGCGUUGCCAUGAAACCAUCACCUACACCACACAUGCCGACUAUACGUUCCUCGAUAAUCUGAUCCCACUGCUGGAAAGGUGGAACGCCCCGGUCAGUUUAGCGAUGCACGCGCCCGGCACUGACUUUGUGCCCACCUUGAAUGCAGUCCGGUAUCUGCGAGACUGCCUACCAGAGAGUCAUUUAGUUCGUCAGUUUGUCACGUUUCAUAUUUAUUUUAGUAGUAAACAUAUUCCAAAAAACGUUCCUAAGUACGAGAAAGUAUUAGAACUUCCCAGCAACUGUACGGUGCCGCCACCGUACUUCAACGUGUCGAGCUCGCAGCUGUACAAGACGCAGAAGAAGCUGCUGUAUCCGGUCAAUGUGGGUCGGAACAUUGCCCGGGAUGCGGCGAUGACCCACUUCAUCCUAGCUAGUGAUAUCGAAUUGUACCCGAAUCCGGGUCUAGUACAUAAGUUCUUAGAGAUGAUAGUUAGAAACGAGCCGGUGCUGCAACGUAAAAAUCCCAGGGUAUUCCCACUGUCGAUAUUCGAGGUGGACAGCAGCUCGCCCGUCCCGAGGGACAAAACCGAGCUGCAGGAGCUUCUGCGCAACGGCAAGGCGAUCCCAUUCCACAAACGGGUCUGCUCCAGCUGUCACGGAGUGCCUAAAUCGAAGGAAUGGAUUGCGGCCAACGAAACCGACGACCUGGGUGUGUUCCACAUAGGUAAACGUGUGGGUUACUUCGUCCACUGGGAACCGAUCUACAUCGGUACUCAUGCCGAUCCCCACUACGACGAACGGUUGAGUUGGGAGGGCAAAAGUGAUAAAAUGACGCAGGGCUACGCUCUCUGCGUGCUAGACUACGAUUUCCACAUUCUGGAUAAUGGGUUCCUGGUGCACAAACCGGGCAUCAAGGUGCUCAAGAAGGACCCGAAGCGGGCGAUGCUGGCGGCCAAAACGAACCAGCUGAUCAAGAAGAUCAUCUACCCGGAACUGCAGGUCAUGUACGGUACCCGGAAAGGCUGUGCUGUAUAGUUGAAGGGGAAACCCACGACCCAAUAGUAUAAGGACCGUAGCGGUAAGCCUGAUGAAAGCGGUGGUGGUGGCGGCAAUGGCGGCGGCGACUGCGGUGAUGUCACGAGUAAGGUGAGCGUCCGCCAUAGUAUCGGAAGUGGCCACAGCAGUAGCAGGGAGCUCGUUUUUAGUAAUUUUGGUGGUGGUUUCGAACCGGAUGGGUUGUCCGGGCCUUCGUCGCUGUUCUCGUCCUCACUGGCUACGUCUGGCGGUGGGUUUCUGUUGGGUUCCUUCCGGGAGCGACCACAUGUCAGCAGUCGCCGGAAGAAGGGCAAACGGAAGGGGUACGUGCGACGAAGGUAAGAGCGAUAUUUUUUUUUUUCUACACGUGUAAGUGAAUGAAAGUGAGUGUAUGACCGCGAGCAGCACUUGUGAAGUGUGUUUUGAAUGCAAUAAUAGUCGUUUUAAGGACACAAUCAGAAGCGAACGGGAGGAAUACUGCAAGGCUUAGGUUCAUAAGCAGAAAAGUGAUAUAAUGUAUUGUCGUAACAUACUCUUAGGGUUAGGCAAAGAAGAUAAGAAGGGCUUUUUUUUCUAUCGUCUCUAUCGCAUUAAAAUUGGUGUGGACAAAGUUCAUGUUUCGAGUUGGUACACACACUCACACACUCACACACACAUUUCAAUUAGGAUCCAAAGCAAAGACAUGUCGUUUGAUUGUUGGAAUCUUUAGGAAAGAGGCGGAACAACCGAAGCAAGAUAGUGUUGGAUAUUUUUUAAUCACUUUUACACUGAGAAGGAAAACAGAAAGAUCAAUACAUUUAGAGAACGAAGACACUAACGCAAACGCAACAUGAAAACAACUAAACACGAACACAAAACAGCUAAUGACUAAUAAAACGAAGUAAUUUAAAAAAAACCUAGUGUUACCACUUAGUGAUUCUUGUAGCAUUACUUCGUAGAAACUAGCAGUCGUAAAAAAAUCCUACCCCUAACUCAACUACUUCUUCGUUCCAACGCUAAAUUUUCCAUUAAUUCAUGAUUCAUCGCUCUGAUUGUUGUGAUACGAACCUCAAGAUAUUGUAAAACAAUUGCAUAGAAGCCUCAUUAUGUUGAUAAUGUAUUGGCAUUCGAAAUGUUUUACAAGUCAAUUCUCUCUCGCUGAAGUAUCCAAUCGAGUCAGAACGUGAAGCAUGAUAAAUACUUUCGGUUUUCGAAACGCCAAAGUUCCUCUUCCCCUCCAACUAUUUUCUUUUUCUCGAAGAGUGCCUUAUUGUAUUAAACACACAGAAAAAAAAAGAUCAAAUGAACUAAAAACGAGUGUUAAAACCUAACAAGAGAAAAAAGCAUUUUCGUACUAGACCUUAGGAAGCUACCCAUCACAUUUGUCUCUCACCACUCUGAAUGUCAUUUAGUAUCACUCUACGAAAGCAAAUCGUCACAAUGUCGGAAAAAAAUCGGAAUUGAAUUCUAUUUGUUUUACCUUUUUUUACAUUUUAUUUGUAAAUAGAAACCAAAACGUAUCCUCACAGCUCACAACUCUUGAGCGGUUAAGCUUAGAUUUAGCAUUAUAUUUUGCCAAGCUGGUGUAUGACUAAAUUUUGGAACAAGUAGAACAUGUGCUCAUUUUAUUCGUAGGUUUUGUAUUAUAUUAUACUAGGUGAAUACAAUUUCGCUUUAAUGAACAAUUAUCAAACAUUAUUUCCUCGUAUUAGUAGUGCUCACAGGAGUCAAUAGAGUUUACCAUCACACGUGUUUCGGUGAACUUUUAGAAUUUUAGUUAGUUGGAAUUAUUUUACCUUCCGUCUAGAGUCUCAACCAACACUGGCAACACUGUACAUUUACUCUGGUAGGUCGUAAAAGCAAAGUUAGCAUGGCAGAAACCGCAAAAACCGAAAAUACGAACUAUUGUAGUAUCGUUUUAACAAAGACAAACCUCUGUAGAAUAUGUCAUAUCCUACAAAGUAACACAAACAAUAUGUUAGCUGAAAAAAUUCCAUAACUUAUUUAUUACUUUAUCGAACGAUGAAAAAACCCCCGGAGCAUUUCCGUCAUCUCUCUUUCCACGCAUGAGAACAAAAAUCCACACAUCCACAAUCGUUACCUAGCGUUAGGCGUCACCCGUAUUCGUAUUGAAAUAUUGGAUCGUUUACCAAUCGCCCGAACAACAACAACAAAAAAAUAAAGUAUAGGAAUAAACCAAUAUCUGUGAGAAUUGUGAGAAAAAUCUAAACUCUACUGUUUGAUCAACUAAGACCCAAAACGCCCAACUCUUUUUAUGUGAGCGACUACCAACCAAUCCAACCAACCAAUAAAUCAACCAUGGAGAAAUAAAUGUAUUGAAAAAUA